UUGAGCAUCCUUACACCAGAUCAACAAAAUAUGCUGAAGAAGAUACUUCUUGUUACGUAUGCCCUGACUAUUGUCAGGGCUCAGGUGCCUAGUUUAGGAUGGUGUCCUGAUUACGUACCUAUGGCUAAUUUUGAUAUUUCAAAGUUCCUGGGAAUGUGGCAUGAAGCCGAAAGAUAUUUUCAACUCUCGGAGGUAGUAUCACGUUGCGUGAUGGCUAAUUACUCACGCGGUCAUGAUAAUAAAUUGCGUGUGAGCAACGAAGUUACCAACAGAUUUACUGGAAUAAAACGAGUUUUAGAGGGUGAAAUAAAACCAGCAGCUUCAAAAGCCGAAGAAGGAAAAUUACAUAUUAAAUAUACGACUGUCCCUCUAACACCAGAAACAUCUUAUGCGGUUUUGGAUACUGAUUACAAAAAUUAUGCUGUUUUGUGGAACUGCAAUGGUAUUGGCCCAUUCCAUACACAAAAUGCCUGGAUUAUGACGCGAGAACGUAUUCCUUCUGGUGAAGUUUUACAAAUGGCUUAUGGAGUCUUGGAUAAAUAUAAAAUAUCAAAGACAUUUUUUGUGAAAACAGACCAAGAAGAUUGUGCCUACUUGGAUAAAUUGAAACCAGUUGAAAAACCAGCUGAAAAACCAGAUCAAGAAACACAACAAGUUGAUAUUCCAGUUGAAGCUCCCCAACAAUUGAGAUCAGCUAUUAUACCUGAUGAAACACACAUUAAUCGUAUUAAAGAGGUUGAAAAAGUUGAUGAAAAACCUGCCAACAAAAUAGAAUCCACUGUCAAGGCAGUAAAAACUGAGGCUAAACCAGAAGAAGAGGAAAAAGAAGAAGAAAAAAAGACGAUUGUUGACAAGGUGAUUGUUAAGGAUGUAAAAAUUGAUGCUGAUGAAAAAAUGACACCGGUAACGGUUCCAGAAGUUAUUUACAAAAAAAGUGCUGAUAAAAAGGAGGAAAAACCAGAGAAAGACGAAAAAAUAAUUGAGAAAGAAGAAGUGAAGAAAACGGAUAAAGCUGAAGCAGUUGCUGUUGAAAUUCCGAAAGUGGAACCCGUUGUUGCUGAUACACCUGACUCCAAGCAAGAAGAACAUGAUCACAGUAAAACACAAACUGUGGAUGCACCAAAAGAAGAGCAAAAAAUUGAAAACAAAUUAACUAUCGUUUGCUUAAAAUUCAACCAUCAGGACAUUGCGCUCGAUUCACGAAUUAUCGGUCAAGGCUUAUUGAGUCACACGGAAAUCAUCAAAGUACGCGACAGAAAUUACAAAAGUUUAAUAAUGUUUUGGAUUUCUUUGAUCUUGUGUCUGAUGGUGGGUAGAAUCGAAGGCUUAUUGCCGACAUUUGGAGUCUGUCCGGAUGUUAAUACUAUUGAUAAACUCAAUGUUACAGAGUAUUUAGGAAAGUGGUAUGAAGCUGAGCGUUAUUUUUCUAUAAUUGAUUUUGGAGCAAAAUGCGGUACUUUUAAUUAUAGCAAAGAAGAUAAUGGAUCAUUAAAACUUGUCAGCUCACAAAUAUCAUCACUAACUGGGGUAGAAUCGACAAUUGAAGGACGCGCGAGACCAAUUGAAAGAGCUGAUGAUCCAAAAUUUACGGUAUCAUAUCCAUCGUUACCGAUCCAAUAUCCUAUGCCCCAUUGGGUUUUGGGAACUGAUUAUGACAACUAUGCUGUGCUAUGGAGUUGCAGUAACAUCGGUAUUUUUAGUAUGCGGAGUGCUUGGAUUUUAACACGAGAAAGACAACCACCAGUUCCGGUUCUUGAGCAAGCGUACAAAGUUUUGGAUAAAAAUCAAAUAAGCCGCGCAUACUUUUCACGUACCGACCAAAAAAAUUGUCCAAUUAUUUCAAAUUAAAAUUAUUUAUUACUUUGAUUUUAUAGUGAAAUUAAAUUUCAGUUUGUAUUUAUUAUUUAUUAUUAACUUAUUUAUUGUCAUAUAUUUAUAAAAAAAUAAAUUAUAUUUAUCUAAAAAUCA